GCUGUGCAGCUACAUAUUUGGUGUUCGAUAGAAUUAGUUGACAAAUAUGGAGUCGCUUCGUCUUGUUCUAUUAUUGUUGACCCUGGUUGUUGGCUGUGUAUAUAUGGAGGAAAAUCAGACGGAAACAGAAGAACAAAUUGGGUUCCCAGGAGCUGACUGGUCGCAUGUUUUGACAGAUGAGCAAUUAUCUGCAGAUAAAGAUCUGCAAACUAGGAAUGCAGUUCCAACAACUAUAUAUGGCGUUGGACUCGAUCUUCAAGUCUACACUAGAAGUGAUAUUCAGGGGACAUGGUCUGGUCCAGCACCCUACAGCUGCUGUGUAAUUUCAAUAACAGCUCUGCAGGAUGGCACUCUCCUAGGUGUGGGUUUAAAUCUUCUAUUGUAUACCAAGGCCACUGUAAAUUCAAUUUGGGUGGGACCUGUGGCGAAUAGUGGUUUCAUGUUGGACGUCACUCAAUUGCCCGAUGGUUCACUCGUUGGUGUUGGCAUCAACUUCCUGUUAUAUACUCGUCCUGGUGUCCAGGGUACAUGGUCUGGUCCUGUGCCAUACAGUGGAUUCGUGAAAUCUUUAUCGGUGCUACCAGAUGGACGAUUAAUAGGUGUAGGAUUAGGUGGUCAAUUGUGGACAAGACCUGGCGUACAAGGAUUCUGGUCGCUUGUGAAUCUGAAUGGUUUUGUUGGUGAUAUAUCCGUGAAUAAAAACGGCGAGGUCAUUGGUAUUGGAAUUACAUGUGGUUUGUGGGAGAGACCUACCUAUACCUCGUUCUGGCAAGGUGAAAUUGCAAGCAGCCGAUGUGUUAUUUCUGUAUCGUUUGAAAAAUAAAUACGGGGAAUUAACAAAGCUAUGAAUGAUUGUAUACUACGAUGCUAAUGGGAUUAUAUGGAUAAUUACGGCCUUAGCUAUUAGGAAAUAAAUCUCCCCGAAGAUGCGGUCAUAUUUAUGAGAACAAGUUAAUAUAUAUAUAUACAUGAUUAAAAUCGCUUGUAUAUUUUAUUGCACGAACACACAAUAAAGUAUGUAGAAAAAGCAA